GUUGCAAUUAACUGUGUUUCUAUUUAAUUCUGUAUUACAUCUCCAUUAAAAUGUUAAUCAAACUUUUAAUUGUUUUUACAUUGUUUACAACAAUAUCAACAAUCAGUACCCACAGCUUGGUGGACUUGCCAUUAAAAGUACCUAAUGGAGGUCCAGUGAUUAAUGCUACUUUAACGGAUGUCAAUGGAUUUAAAAAAUAUUUUAUACAAGAGUUGAUAUCAGCUUCUGGAAAAAGCAUCAAAGGUAAAAUUUUAAUCUCAGACGACAAGGAUUCCUACUCAGUACACUAUAAAGCUGAUUCUCAAACUGGUGUGGACAGCAAGGAACGGUUGGUUAUUCAUGGUACAAAUUGUUUACUGUUCACUUACAAGAAUGGUUGGGAUAAAACUUUACCUGGAAUCGACAAUUCUUUACUCAACCUGAUUCUCUUGAUGGGACCUUCGAUAUUAUACCGACUCGAUCAUUCGUCGUUUGUUUGGAAAUCAGUUGCAGAUAAAAACAUCAGAGGAAUCAUGAUGAAAGGUGCAUCAACAGAAGUUAAUGAACAUUUGAAAAUUAUUUUCUAUUACAAAAGUCAUCUUGAUUACCAAUCUGGAAUAGAAAAUCCAAGCAGAAUUGAAUUUAGUGGUUAUGAUCGAACUUCAGUUCCAUAUCCAGGAAAAGAGAAUCUAUAUUUGGACAUCUAUUCUAUUCCCCACACAGAUACUUACUCUGGAGUCGACAUUUCUUCAGAUCUAGUUCAAAGCGAGGUGCAUCCUCCACUUGGAAUCGGAUGUCCACAUUACUUAUCUGGAAAUGAACCAUUGCCAAGUUUGUUGGUUACUCAUCUUCACUUCACCAUGGAGGAGAGAAUCCAGGGUUCAACUGCGUCUCGAUCAAUUAGUAAGGUUUAUGCUGAAAAAAAUAUCGAUUUUUUGAGGAUAAAAGCAGUACUACUUGGUUCAGAAGUUAUUUACGACUAUCGACUUGGAGUUUCAUUUCAUGUCGGAACGAAUGGAUCUAUUGCUGUAGUAUCCAUAGACUCGAAUACACCUGGAUUAGACCGGGCUUUAUUCAGUUUGGAUAAUCUUUUCAUGCUUGAUCUUAACUUUAAAUAUCUUGGGAGACUCAAAUUGGAGCAUCGAUUUGGAAUUCCUGCUGAAGCAUGGGAAUCAGUGCAAUAUAAUGUUAACAUCAAUGGAAAGAAGGUGGAUAAAGCUGUCGUCACUCAAUUUUUUGUUUCAUCGCAAAAUGAUGCCGCAGAUGACAUAUUUGAUGGUUAUACUCUUGUCAGCACCAAGAUCUCCAUCUAUGAUUAUGAUAUAUCGAAAAAAGUUUACACUUGGAGGAAUGGAAUUACAAGAGAUUAUAUGAACUUUCAACAAGUUCGAUCUAUCGAGAAUAUUCGUUCAUUAACAGAAAAGGUUAAAUACGCGUCUAGCGAUGAAAAAGUGAUACUUAACUUCGUAUUAGAGUGCGAUGCUUCAGAUCGCUCAUACAACAAAUGCAUCAAGCACACCGAGGAUCGUGUUUACUGGUUGAAAGCCGAUUUCCUUUAUUUUGUCCUUUUAGUUAAACCUGUCAGUAUAUUGCGAAUUAGUGAUAUUGAAUAUCGCUUCACUGAUACAAAAAUCGAGAUGGAAGUAACAUUUCUUGAUCUACCACAUUUAGAAUUCAACUCUAAAACUAUGUCUCUCAGUGAAGAGACAUUCGACAAGAUGAUGAAAACUAAGGCUAACAAUGAACCCGAAUGCCUAGAAAAGUUAUCACAAUUUAGUCAAGAGACAAUCAAGGUUGUCAUUUACAGACCUUCGGAUCUUGUCUGUGGGUACUUGAGUAAUCCUAAUGAUCUCAAGGAAGAUACUAAACAAGGACAAUCAGCAAGUGUCUACUUCUUUCCACUGAACAAUUUGUAUCGAGUUAAACAAGAGUUAACACUUGACCAGAUUCAUGAUGCAUACUUGCAAGAUGUUGGUAUGAAAUUCCAUGUCUUUGACAGAAGCUAUCUCACACGUUUGAAGAUUAUUGAUGUUAUCGACAAAACUAAAAAGGAAAUUGACUCGAAAAACGAUAUUACUUCUCAAAUCAGACAAAAUGCAAAGUUGAGAAUUGACAACCAAUUCACAUUCUCGGUACCAGAUGGAAAAAAUUUUGCUGAUUGUUACCGAAACUGUCAUGAAUCAGAUCAAGUUCCAUGCAUUACUUUUUCAUUCUGCAACAAUGAUGGUAAAAUUGACUGUAGAGUAAGCAGUUUGCAGGCUUCUGAUGUUGCUAAUAAGGAUCAGUCGGUUGAAACUGACCUAAAAUGUGAAAUUUAUUCUAUAAGUAUUCUCCAAGAUUAUUCAAGAAAGUCCAACAGAAAAUUUAAAACUCAGCAAUCAACUGCAGUUGAACAAGAUUCUGUGCAUUCUUGUGCAAAGGCCUGUCAUGCCUCAUCCGAAUGUAUAUCAUUUCAAUACUGUGAUGGUUCUUGUACUUUCGGUGAUUUAUUAUACACAGAUGAAGCUACUGAAUAUGAUGAGGAAUGCAUGAUAUACACUCCCAAAGUAUCUGAAAGAUACCAAAAAACAGGCAACAAAAUAGUAUCAGAUGUAAUGAUGACCGAAACCAAACUAACCUUAGAUCAAUGUGCUUCAUUGUGUUAUGAGUUAUCCGAUGGCGAGGAAACUGGAUGUAAAUCAUUUAAUUACUGCCCUAAAAGUAGAUCAGAAAGUUCUUGUUCAUUGACUCAUUUCUCAGUUAAAGGUCCUGAUACAAAAACCACUGAUGGAGGUCAUUGUUACAAUUACGAGUUAAAAGUGGAAUCGAAUGGAAAUAAACGAAAAGAAUCCAGUUCAACUAAAGAAAUUGAAGGAACAACGGGAUCAGGUGCUUUUGGUAUAAUAAUCUUGUUCCUGUUCGUCGGUGCUGCAUUGGGAUUCAUGGCUCCUUUUGCUUACUCAAAGGUUAAGCAGAUCCAUGAUGCUUCAAAGACCAAUGCUGAUUGCACUUGGAAAAGACAACAAGAUGAGCAGCCAAUUGAGAAUGUCUAUUGAAUUUAUUCGCAAAUACAAUACUAAUUACUUCCUGUAAAAACUUUUCUUUUGUGCCAUUAGCGGUCAUAUUUAAUAAAACGCUGA